AAUAAUGUCGAGCUAUAAAUAGCCCUGUUCGGGUUCAGAAACGAUGACAUAGUUGAACAGGUCGGGUAUUUCAAAAUAUAUGGUUAGUUUGUUCAUAAUCAGUGGGAGAGUUCAAAUUCUUUGGAAGAGUUCUAACGAAAAUCUAUUGGUUAUCAGUGAAAUACUGUAGUGUUUACAGAGAAAUAGAUCGAAGAAGUCUUCUGAAGAGAAAAACUAUUGACGUUUAACUACCAGGUUCACUAAGUGACCAAUCUUUCUGUUUCUGGACUUCAGAAAAAACAGGCAUCAAAAUGUCAGUAGAUAAACAGCCACAAGGCAUGGGCAUGCAGUUGACGGAGAGUGGCCUACCAGCCAGUGUGCAGUACCUGGCGGGCGUUGACCAGCUCUUCAUCAAACAGAAGAUUGAAAUGCUCGAGGUGUUGACUGGUUUUGAGACAAGGAAUCGGUAUGCUGUGUUAAACAAGGAGAUGCAGCAGGUCUUCUUUGUACAAGAAGAGUCAAGCCUGUGUGAGAGGUGCUUUUGCCCCAUGAACCGUGGUUUUAACCUGCAUAUGACAGAUAACAACACUCAGGAGAUCGUGCGUAUGUCACGUGACUUCAAGUGUUGUAUGGGGUGCUGCUGGUGUGGUGGGGGCUGUUGUCAGAUGGUCAUCAACGUUGAGUCACCAGUAGGCAGGCUCAUUGGCCGUAUCAAGACUGGAAACUCCAAGUGGAAGCCCCAUAUCCAGAUAUGUGAUGCCGCGGACAACCACAUGUUUACAGCGUGGGGACCGUGUUGCCCAUGCCAGGCAGUCUGUUGUCCAGAGGAUAUCGAUUUCCCGAUCACAGACCCCGGGCUGACCCAGCGUGUGGGGAAUGUGGCAAAGGUGUGGCGUGGGUGUUGCCCGGAGAGCUUCACUGACGCUGACCAGUUCAGGGUCACCUUUCCCAUGGACAUGACAGUUGAGUGUAAGAUGCUUAUGGUGGCUGCUACCUUCCUCAUUGAAUUCUAUGUGUUUGAGCAACAGAAGAAAAACAACAACAGUGGUUAAACACAGAGCACAACAAUGGAACCGAACAAGAAACUGUCAUAUUUUUUAUUUCAACCAAUCAUUCUUUGACAUUCAAUUUGUUUUAAUAUUUAAUUAUUGUUUUGUGAAAUUGUCAAUCAAAAAUGCUUUAUUUAAAUAGUUUGAAUAUAAAGAUAAUUCAGUGAAUCUACAAGGAAAAGUGUGAUAGUGAAUUUUGUGUUAAAUACAAGAUGAAAUAUAUAUUUUUAAAGUACCGUAAUACUAUUAAUUGUAUUGUUGUUUUUUAAAUGGAUUAGUAGGGAUAAAAAAGAUUUGUAAUAAUCAAUUAUGCCUAGUUGUAGAUGUAUAUAAUACUUAUAUAGAAGAAGUAGAAAUAAGUAUGUAUUGUUGGGUCAAGUAAACCAAUACCAGAAUGUACAAUGUAUUUUUGUAUACCAUUAUACUGUAGUACUAUAGUGUCUAAUUUGUAGCUAUUAUUGGCUAUAUUUGGACUGUAAUAUUCUGUGUUUUCUUGUAUAUUCUCAAGGUGUUUUAGGCAUGUGCCAUCCAUCAUAAUUAAAAGAUUUUAUUCAAUGACGAAUGUAAAUUUAAUAUUAAAAAAAUGUUUCUUAAAUAUUUGUAUGCCUUAUCCAUUUUUCUGUGUUGAGCUGUAACUUUGUCAUGUAGGGUGGAAUUUUUAAAAAUUAUUUGUAAGUACAUAAAGAUGACAUGGCACAUGCAUGACCCAAAACCCUACCUCAAAGGUCUUGGCCACAAUUAAGAGUUUUAUCUUUUUGGAAUGCUGCGUGUAUGCAUGUACAGUAGUAUAAUUGGUUGUGUCAGGUCUGUAACUUUGUCAUGCACAGAGGGCUUUAAUCCCCCUACCCCUUACUGCAUCCACACUUGACAUCAACCAUCAUGUGGGUGGGCAUAUGGUUUUUAUAAGUUUCAGGCGGUUCCGUAAAUUUUGGAAAAUCCCAAUUAAGAAUAGAGUUAUGAGCAAAUUAAUGACAAUUGAACAAAAAUGUUUUAUAUUGAUAUGUAACUUACACAGUAACUGUUGUAUGUGCUGGGUGGUUUUCAAUCACUUCACAUUUUCAGAACCUUUCCUUCAUAUACUCACUGUUUUACUCUUCUAUAGCCUCAUAGAUCUUCGUUGUUAGGCAUAACGGAUGUAAUGAAGGCAUGUGUAUGUUCAUAUGGGAACCAAGGAUUUUUUUUAUUGUGUACCAUGAUAAUGUAAUUUUAGAAAUAUUUUCAGAUUUAUCUCUAAAUCUCGAACAAACUGUAAAUCUCGGUAUACUCAGAGGAGGACUGGAAAGAAGAGUGGGAAUAUCCACAUAAAAACCUUUAAUCAAUGACAUAUAUUUAUUUAACCAUGACUCUCUUACUAUUGGCAUUAAUAUAAUUUUAAAUUUUUAAUCAGUUUGAUAUGAUUUAUAAUUUUUAUUGUCUUCUCAUGUUAAUAACUAAUCCAUUUCUGUUCUGAUACUUCCUACGGGUGUUGUAUUCUGUUUAUAUUAGUGUGUUUGGAAAUAAAUCAUAAAAUCUUU